AUGGCGCUGCGUCAGUUAGCGAAGAAGUGGGGCAUCGGAUUCGACGGCUAUAAGACAUGGACCACGCCCGGCGCGGCCAAGAAAUGCUCCGCAUACGUGGGCGUCAGAUGCGACUCGAGCGGCCGAGUCGUCAGCUUAACGCUGCCGGUGUCAGCAGCAGAGGGGCCCAUCACCGGCAUUUCCAAGCUCACUGCUCUCACCAAAAUAUCGAUGCCCUACAACAUCAUCACGGGAUCCAUUGCUGACGUCACCAAGCUGCCCAACCUGCGCUUCCUGGACCUGAGCCGCAACAUAAAGAUCGGCAAGCUGCCAGCGUCUCUCACAGCCAUGACAGCACUCAAACACCUUGACCUGACUGGGUGCCGCAUAGGAGGGGUCAUCCCCGCCUUCCUGGGAGAAUCAAAUCCCUCACCUUACUGUGCGUUGCGAUAA